UGACGACGAGCUGGACCAGGACGAAUGCCGCAUUAGGCGGGCUCUCUCCCUUGCUCUCUCAUCCGCCGUUCUCUUCUCUCCUCCCCCAAAACCCUAAAUCCCUUCUUCCUCAACCUCCACCACCGCCACAACCGCCGCCGGCCAUGCUUCGUCCCUCUCCUUCCCUCUUCAAAUCCUCUCUAAAACCCGGCCGUCCAACACCACCGCCGCCGCCCGCAUGACCACAUCAAAGCCUAACCUAACCCUAGCUCCCGCUCCUUCCAAGAAAUCCCGCCGCCAGACGACCCCGACGCCGUCCUCCGCCACAAAAUCGGCAUCUGCAGCCGCAACCAAGGACCUCGCCGAGGCCCUCCGCCUCUUCGACACCCUGCCCGAAGAGACUCCAUCCCCUCUUCCUCCCCAUAUACAACUCCCUCCUCUACCUCUGCUCCCUCUCCCCCUCCCCAAAUCCUCUCGAGGCUACGAAAUCUACGAUCAGUUGUUGGCUUGACAAGAAUUGAGCCGCAAUGAAGGCCACUUUCACUUCGCUCGCCGCCGAUUGGCGGCCAAUGAUAAGAACCCGGGGAGGGCUUUUGAGUUUGUUAAGCAGAUGAUGGCGGCGGCGAUCCCGCCGAAGCUGAAGGUCUUACGGGCCGGCGUUGCUUGGCUUUUGUGAAAUUGGGAUUUUGAGAGUGCGCGGAGUUGAGUUGGCAUAUGAUGAGAAUGGGUUUUGCCGGAGGAGGAUGAGGCUUAGGGGAUUGCUGGAAGUUAGUGCUGGGACGAAGAGGGGAGAUGAGGUGUAUAGAUCUUGCAUAGGUUGCGGAACUUUGGUCAGGAGAGUUGGGGAGGAGACGGUGGAGGCGGUGGAGGAGUGGUUUAUGUCGGACGCGCGGAGGGGGCGGAAUAAGGAGAAGUGGGAUGAAGGGGAAGUUGAAGGAGGGGGCGGUCAAGGGAGGGGAGGGUGGCAUGGGAUUGGUGGUGGGGAAGGGGAGGUGGAGCGUGGGAGGAAGCGUAGAAUGAACGGGGAUGGGGUUUGCCGGCGGUGCGGGGAGAGAUUGGUAUGUAUUGAUAUCGAUCCGGUGGAGACCGAGGAGUUUGGGAGAAAGUUGGCGAAUUUGGCUUGUGAGAGGGAGGCGAAGGCUGACUUCACUGGAUUUCAGGAGUGGCUUGAGCAUCACGGGCCAUUUGAUGCUGUUGUUGAUGGGGCGAACAUAGGGCUGUAUAAUCAAAAAAACUUCAGCUUUAUCCAGCUAAAUUCUGUUGUAAAUGGAUUACGCCAACUAAGUCCAACAAAAAAACUGCCACUUAUUGUGUUACAUAGCCGGAGGGUAAAAGGAGGGCUUGCUGAUAAUCCAAGCAAUAAGAAGCUGCUGGAAGGUUGGCGGAGGGCUGGUGCACUUUAUGCUACUCCGUAUGGAUCAAAUGAUGACUGGUACUGGUUGUAUGCGGCUGUUAAGUCUAGAUCUUUGCUUGUUACAAAUGAUGAGAUGAGGGACCACUUGUUUGAACUGCUAGGAACCAGUUUCUUUCCAAGAUGGAAGGAGAAGCAUCAGGUGAGAUUAACAUUUAAACGAGGUCCAAAUUUCCACAUGCCACCUCCCUAUUCGAUUGUUAUACAGGAAUCUGAAAGAGGCAGCUGGCAUAUACCAACAAUUUCGGGCGAUGACAUCGAAACACUUAGGCAGUGGGUUUGUGCAACUAGGGAUAUUGAUGCAGUCUCUUUUCGUUCUGCUCCUCAGUUAGCCCAGAUGAAACUGCUCACCAUCAUCUUCAUCUUCUUGCUUGAUGCUUUCAUGGCUUGCUUCUCAACAAGGAAUGCAUUCAUUAACAACUCAUUUACUGCUACCAGCUCGCAUUCUGCAGGAAAAAGAGCUAUGUCUAGUUUGGGCUCCGCCAAGCCUCUCCUUGCAUUGUCUUGUGAUAGGAGGGACUCUUAUGGAUCUGUUGUGCUACAGGCUGUAAGUCUUUUGGGACAUCCGGCAAGAUUUGAAGCUUCCAAGCUAAAGGUAGUUUUCAUGGGAGAGGAAAUUGAAAAACAGCCUUUGUUAACCAUUCCAAGAGCCUACACUCUCACACAUUGCGACUUUACAGCCAAUUUGACCUUAGCCGUCUCCAACAAUAUCACCAAUGAUAUGCUGAGGGAGUGGCAAACGACAUUACAGAGGGACGACGUUGUAGCCGAGUGGAAAAAAGUGAAAGAUGAGAUGUCUUUGCAUGUUCACUGCUAUGUAAGUGGCGCCAAUCCCGUCCAAGAGCUUGCUGCUGGGUUUAGAUACUAUGUCUUCUCUAAGGAGCUUCCGUUGGUUCUUGAAGCUGUUGUUUAUGGAGACUCUGCCCUGUUCAGCAAGCAUCCCGAGCUGAUGGAGGCUGUGGUGUUUGUGUAUUUUCAUUCCAAUUCAAAGAAGUACAACAAAGUUGAAUGCUGGGGUCCUCUUAAAGAAGCAACACAGAGAACACUCAACUUGAAAUUAGAUGGCUCACAAAGUGCAUUCCUUGAAAGAAUUGGGAAAUGGGUGAACCCCGGAACAUUAUUACACGCCUUUUUUGCCUUACUUCUCUGACAUUAUAAUCGAAAGCAAUAUAUGAGUAAACUGGCAAUGAAGAAAGAUGCAUGACAUUGCCCGCAAUCCAUUCUUUCGUUCCGAUUCUUUCUACUAUAAGUAGAUCUGAUCAUCGAAAUUGUAUGAACGCAUGAAACGAUUGAUUGGCUACUCCAGGGGGGGAAGGCCUUGUUUCUGUUAAGUUUCAGAAUGAAACAAGUGUUUAUAUUUUGUUUUCCAUAAAUUCAUGGAGCAUGAAUGGAGUUCGUUCAACUUGUACAAAACAAAUGGUACACACUUUUUAUUUUGUUGUGUUAUCUGAACUUUGUUUUUUUCUCUCA